AAUAGAAUUAGAUGAGUAGUAGUACUAACUAUAGUAAGGGAACAACGACACGAGUUCCUGAUAAGAAGAUCUCCACUAUUUCAACUCCAUCUACCUAACCACCACAAACCCAGAUUAACUCAAAUUCAAAUACAGCCCAAAGAAAAGUAAGAUCAUCUAUUUUAUUAAGGGAAUAAAUAUUUAAGAUUAAUCAAUGAAAAAACAAAGCUUUCAUCAGGAAUCCGAUUAGGAGCAAAUCUAAAAUAUUGUUUAAGAAUAAACUUAAAAAGUUAAAGAGGAAUUAAUAGGAUUUAUCAAUUAAAAUAAAGAAGAAAUAUCUAAUUUUAAAAAUUAGAUAAAUGAUUAAGUUUAGAGAAUAUAAACUUUGGAAGGGGAAAUAUAAAAAUUAUAAUAAUAAAAUAAAAAAAUAGAAACAUAAUAAUUACAAGAAUUAGAUAAAAAAAUAGAAACAUAAUAAUUCAAAUUACAAGAAUUAGAUAAGAAAAUAGAAACAUAAUAAUUUAAAUUACAAGAAUUAGAUAAGAAAAUAGAAAAAAAUGAUAAAUUUCCAGAGAGAAUAUUGAAAUUUAUUUAAAACAAUGAAUAAGCUCAUGAGACUUGGAAACUAUCAUCAGAAAAAAUUGAAAAAGUGUAUUCAUCAUUUGAUGAAUAGUUUUAGGAGCUUAAUUAGUUUAAGUAAUAAAUAGAAUAAAAAGUAAUGGAGUAUAACAGUAUCUUAAAUUAAAAUAUUCAAAAUUAUUUCUCAGACUUGUAAUAAAAAAUAUUGACAACUCAAGCAUUCACAGACUAAAAUCUAUUCAAUAUUGCGAAAUAUGAGGAUACAGUAAAAAAAUUUUGCGAAGAAAUAAAUAAAUAUUACAAUUAUUAGGAGCCACAAGUGUAAAAUUUUAAUUUCAACAAUUAAACUUAACCUUUACCUUAAGAUUUCUAAUAAUAAUACAAUUUACAAUAAAUUUCGCAAUAGCCUAAUUAUAAUAAUCCUAUUUAAUAUUAAUAAUAAAUGUAGUCAUAAUCAUAUAAUAACACAACUCUUUAGAAUGAUUUCUAUUCCUAACCUCAAUAAAUAUCAUAUAUUUAAGAAUAGCCAGCACAAAUGCAAAUGAAAUCUAAAAUUAAAUUGAUAUCAUAAACAUAAGGCCCAACAGGAUGA